AUGACUCCAUCAAUUCUCAUCGUGGGUGCAACUGGCAAUACCGGCCGAGCUGUUGCCCAGACCUUGCCCAAACUCCUUCAAUCCAGCACCACUCUUUCCGGACACCGCAUUAUUGCUUUGACUCGCUCAUCCACUAGCCCGGUAGCUCAAGAGCUUGCCAAAAUCCCCGGAGUCGAAGUGGUCGAACAAAAUUGGGUCGAGAUCACCGCCGAUUGGCUUCGCGAACACCAAGUUGCGCGGGCCUAUAUUGCCUCUCACAAUGAACCCAACCAAUUUGCCGAAGAGUCGACCUUCUAUGUCAACGCCCUAGACGCCGGUGUAAAGUACGUUGUGCGUAUCUCGACCACUGCAGCAAACGUUCGCCCGGAUUGCCCUGCCUACUACCCGCGCCAGCACUGGGCCAUCGAGACUCUCCUCGGUUCGCCUGAAUUCAAAGAAUUGCAGUGGACAUCCCUCCAGCCGAAUGUUUUCACGACAUUUGUGAUGUCCCCUGCUGCGGAGUUCAUCAAGAAAUAUCGCAAGACUGGAGAGCAAGAUACACUUCGAUUGAUUCUAUCCAAGGAUGGACCGACCGGCAUCAUCGAUCCUGACGAGGUUGGCGUCAUCGCUGCAUAUCUCUUAGCCCAGGAUGAUACUUCCGUUCACAACAAGGCCAAAUAUGUCCUCAAUGGCCCUGAGGAUAUCACCGGAAAGGGGAUCGUCGAGAUGGUCGAGCAGUAUAUCGGUACAUCUGUCAAGGAUGUCAGCUAUGGGGACCUCUCGUUUAUUGAUAUGCUGUAUGAGUACCAGUAUGCGGCAACUAAGCAGUCGAAAAACGUCAUCUAUUCGGUCAAGCGCGCUGCUGAGACUUCUUGGGAGGGAAAGUGCUCUACUUCUACGACUAGCAAGGAGAUCUUGAAGCUUGCUCCUCCGAAACGGACACCUGCUGAUGUAUUGAAGGAUUUGUUGGGAGAGUAA